AUGGACAGCAGCCAUGCGGCAGGAGCUCGCCAUCGAAGUCCCCCGAGCACCGUCCGCCCCGAAUCUAGCCGGGAACCGGGCGAGGCCGAGCCCUCGCGCCCAGAUCCACGCGUGGCUCAGUGCCACAACCACCAUCACCGGAGAUCCGACAGAGAUCAUCAACCCCACGACCUCUACCUCCCAACCCCCGCGUACCCGCCGCCCCAGCCAGUGCGUCGCCCUAUGCACUCCACCGCCGGCAGCAAGAGCUUGGACGCCGCCACCACCACGCAGACUCCUCCCGGUGGGGCACAACCAUCGCAGCAAUCUGGAGCGGCGUAUCACAUAGAGAAGUUCGACCCGGACAACCGCUUCAGUUUGAUGUCACUGCAUAGUGCAGCUUUUUAUGCUCUUUUCUUGUUUUGA